UCAUUAAAUAAAAUGAGUAUCCCCCCAGAACAAGAUAGAAGAACUUUACCCGACUCAAUUAACGCGAAUCUGCCAACAUACUGUUUGUUUGUUGCGUUUGUCUCCGUUCUGACCUCGUUCCAAAAUGGAUGGAAUACUGGCGUUACAAAUGUGCCCGAGCACGUAAUAAGAGGCUGCGAAAAUAAAAGUGGGAAAAAUUGGCUACCAGAUUGUUUACCAAUGAAUAAUUUAUUAUGGGGUUUCGCGGUAGGAAGCUAUGCGCUUGGUGGUCUGAUCGGUGGCCUUUUUGCCGGGCACUUGCAAACUAAAUUCGGCCGACGCCGUACUUUGAUGGUUAAUAAUGUCAAUUUUCUAUUAGGUGCGUUGAUUUUAGGAAUCACUGUGCACCCUUCAAUGUUUGCUAUUGGACGAUUAGUAAUCGGAAUUGGAAGCGGGAUCGGAACUGUGACUGUUCCCACUUACUUGGGGGAAAUCGCAACUAUAAAUGCGCGCGGAUUUUUUGGAACAAUCAAUCAAAUAUUCAUCAUUAUUGGAAUAGUCGUUACUCAAGCAAUAGGAUUUUCAUUGGAAUUUAUUCCGGGCUGGCGAAUAUUACUUGCACUUACCGCCGCGCCUGCAUUAGCACAAAUAUUGUUGCUUCCGUUUUGCGUUGAAUCACCACGAUAUCUAGUUUCACAGCAUAAAAUUGACGAAGCCAAAGAAGCAUUAAGAAGACUUCGACACGGAUUCAGUAUAGAAAAAGAAUUCGAUGAGAUUGUCGAAGGACAAAGAGAAAUUGAAGUGGAAGAAGCAUCGGAAGGACGAGAAAAUAAGAUCACAAUACGCAAAUCCUUGACAUUUGUUGAAUUGUUCAAAGAACGACCGAGUAGAAAGAUGGCAUUAAUUUGCCUGGGUCUCUCGGCUUUGCAACAGUUGUGCGGAAUUAAUGGAAUCCUUGUUUACAGUAAUGAGAUCUUUUCCAACGCCUUUCAUGAAAAGGCAAAAUAUGCUACUAUCGGAAUAGGGGUUAUAACUUUAAUCGCCACUAUUUCUUCUCUCGGACUGAUUGAUAAGAAAGGACGAAGACCACUUUUACUUUCAUCCGAAAUCGGAAUAUCUGUUAUUAUAUUUUUCGUCGCUUCGUUUUCUAUCGGACUUGGACCUAUUCCAUUUUUAAUUAUCCCGGAAUUGGCACCAACACAUAGUGUCAGUGCAACCGCAUCUGCUGCGAUGGGUCUAAACUGGUUUUGUAACUUUGUGGUUGGUUUGGUGUUUCCGGUGCUCAGAGAAAUAUUGCAAAGUUGGACUUUUCUUGUUUUCGCAAUAAUUGCGAGUGUUGGCUUUGUAUUGACAUAUAUGUUUCCAGAGACUAAGGGUCGUAGUAUCGAAAGCAUAAGUCGAGAAGUUCGAGGAGAUGUAGUGAUCUUGGGGGAUAAUGUCAAAACUUCCGAUAUGAGUAGCCUAAAUCCAAAUCUGAUGCCUAAAGCUACCAAAAUUCCAGCCACAGUUAGCAAUGUACCAGCAACAAAAGUACAAAGUUCCCAAGAUGAAAUUGAGAAAGAACUUACUGCUUGUUUUAUAAGAAAAAACGUUCCAACUAAUAAAAUUAUCUUCAAGAGUAAAUUGGUUUCGACGAAAAUAAGCACAAUGAUGCUAUCCAUACCAGAAUUAACAACAGGUGUAUGA